UACUUGAGCUAGCUAGAUCUGCUCGAUCUUCUUCUUCAACUUCUUCUCUGCUCCUCCUUUGUGCUGUUUUGCUUGCUUGACAGAAAUGACUUAUGCAGAUAAUGAUGGUUUGGCGAACGGUGGCUCCGGUGCAGGGCCUUUCGGCCGUGUUCUGCGGUGGAUGAAGGCGGCGCCGCUGAAGUUGUGGGAUAAAGUAGUGGAGGUCGCGACGAAGGCGAAGAAGCUUGGAAAGGAUGAUCCGAGAAGGAUUGUUCAUUCCGGCAAAGUAGGGUUGGCUCUCACCUUGGUUUCUCUGUUUUAUUACUUUCGACCGAUUCAUGAAGGCUUUGGUGUCAAUGCAAUGUGGGCGAUCCUGACCGUGGCCCUUAUCUUUGAGUACACAGUUGGAGGAACCCUAGAAAGGGGUUUAAAUAGGAUGGUGGCAACAAUAAUAGCUGGUCCUCUAGCUGUUGGAGCUCAUCACAUAACAACCCUUUGGGGAGGAGAAGUCGCGGAGCCCGUAUUGAUUGGAUUUUUCGUCUUUGUUGUAGCUGCAAUAAUGACCUUCCUGAGAUUCUUCCCUUUGUUAAAGGCAAGGCAUGACUACUUCCUGGUGAUAUUCAUAUUGACCUACAGCUUGGUUUCGGUAUCCGGCUACCGCGACUAUGAAAUACUAGAGAUGGCACAUAUAAGGAUAUCAACGGUUGCCGUAGGAGGCUGUACUUCUAUUAUGAUCUGUAUAUUCAUUUGUCCUGUGUGGAUUGGAGUUGAUCUUCACAAUUUGGUUGCGAGCAACAUAGACAAGCUUGGGAAUUCUAUGGAAGGAUUUGGAUCUGAAUAUUUUGACAGACAAGAGAAUGGGUUGCCAUUAAGUGAUAACAAAUCUUUGCUUAAGCAAUAUAUAAGUGUUCUUACAUCAAAAGGCCCUGAGGACUUUAUGGCUAACUUGGCAUGGUGGGAACCAGGUCACGGGAAGUUCAAGUUCCGCCACCCAUGGAAAAAGUAUUUGAAUGUUGGAGCUGCAAGUAGGCAAUGUGCCUAUAAAAUUGAGGCUCUUAAUACUUACCUGAACAAUGAAGUUCAGGCCCCUGCUGAAAUUCGAGACCAAAUUCAGGAACCAUGCAAAAAUAUUUGCAUUGAAACCGGGAAAGCUUUGAAGGAAUUAGCUACAGCACUUCAGAAAAUGACUCUAUCAUCAUCAGCUGACCACCACAUUACAGUCUCAAAAGCAGCAGCUGAGAGUCUCAUGUCGUUGCUGAGAGGAGGCAUAUGGAAAGAUGCGAAUGUGAUCGAAAUGGUACCAUCAGCUGCGGUGGCGUUGCUUCUUAUUGAAGUUGUAACCAGUGUUGAGAAGAUUGCUGAAGCACUUCAUGAACUAGCAUCCGCUGCAGAUUUUAAGACUGAUAAAGGACAAGUACUAGCGGAGCCAGUGGUUUCUGAAGAAUCAGAUCAAUCACAUUUUGCUAUUACGAUUCACAAUUCAACUGAGACGUUACCAGGAAAUGGUAGUUCAGAUGGCAUUAAGGUGCUCUCGUUAGUUAGCACUUAG